UGAAAACGUAACAGUGACUCGGCUUUCCCAAAAAAUCAAACACGGAGAAUACACUCAUAAGAUUCGGUACCGUACCAUCUCUGAUUCUCUUUCUUCCCUCUCUUCCUUCUACUCUAAGGAAAACCCGUUUCUGUUUGAAGGUAGAAAAGCAAAACGGAAGAGUGAGAUCGAAGGAGAUAAAGUGAAAGAGUGAAAUGGGAGUGUUUUCCAAUAAGAUCGAUCGAGAACAACUCAAGCCUGGUGAUCAUAUUUACUCAUGGAGACAAGCGUACAUUUACGCUCAUCACGGAAUAUAUGUCGGUGAUGGAAUGGUGAACCACUUUACGAGGGGAGGAGGGCUAGAAAUUGGAACAGGAACCGUGUUGGACCGUUUCCUUUGCAGUUCUUCACCCUCCAAAGAUACCGACACUCCAUGCCCAAAAUGCGGUGACCAAAAUAAGACUGAUGGUGUCAUCUCUUCCUGUUUGGACUGUUUCCUCUCUGGUGAUAGUCUCUACCUUUUCGAGUAUGGUGUCUCAGCUGCAUAUUUUCUGGCCAAAGCUCGAGGCGGCACUUGCACCCUUGCAGUUGCUGAUCCAAAUGAAGACGUCCUUCGCCGCGCUUCUUUUCUUCUUGAAAAUGGAUUUGGUGGUUACAACGUUUUCAAUAAUAACUGCGAAGACUUUGCAGUUUACUGCAAAACAGGUCUGCUUAUAUCCACAAGCAUCAGUGUAGGACGCAGCGGACAAGCAGCAUCUUGCUUGGCUGCAGCUAGUACCGUGAUUUCUACACCACUCCGUUUUAUGACUACCAGUUUCAGUGGUUUGGCUGCUGUUGGAUAUGGCAUGUACUGUGUGAGUCGGUUGGUUUCUGAUAUUGGUGUUCGCCGCGAUGUUUCCAAAGUUCCCGUGGAAAGGCUUGUAGCUUCACCUGACAUGGAUGAACCUGAGAAGAUGGAAAUGCUUAUAGCUUCAUCUGAAAUUGAUGCACCCGAGAAGGCAGCGGAGGUUACCAAAGAAGAUUAGAGUUGGUUGAACAAACUCUUAUUGAAUUUUAAACUUAUAUGUAAGCUUGUAUGUAUGUUAUGUAUGUUAAAUGUGUGCCUUGUUGUUUGUUAAAUGUAUACAGGUGAAGUUUAAUCAUCUCCCUACAACAUUUACCGUUACAUUUGUGCAUUUUCUUUAACUAUGGAAGAUGUUAUGCACAAAGGAUAUUGUAUCACUGACAACAUUUAAGUUUUAUUUAAGAAUUGUGAUUCUGUUA